AUGAAGCUGCCUACCUUUGUUACGCUCUUCAGUCUCUCCACGGCUGUAACAGCCGUGCUAGAAGCCAGACAACAGUGUUCCGAGGACAGUUGCUACAGGGCUGUCUACGGUGAAGGCGCCUUUUCACGCGUUGUCCAAGGUGUGCAGGACUGCGAGGAUUACCUGACUACCAGUAAUCACGCUUACGGUGUUUGUUCGAACGACUUCAACGACAACUACGCCAUGCCCUUCGGGGCCUGUGACAACGGGAGCAACGUCGACGGCAGCUGCUAG